AGCACGUUAUGUGCAGUGCGCUGCUGCCGCGGGCGGGCAAAAUUUCGGAGCAGUUUGUCGCUUUUCGCAACGUAUCCGGGCAGCAGAUGAUCGAUUGCGUGCGGGACAGAGACUGGAAGGGUGGUGUGGAGAAGCACAACAAGUUUGCAAUUGAGCCGAUCGCCUACAAGACGAAGGAGGCGUUGAUCACGAAGUACUUUCCAAGGUACAAAGGACAAUUCUCCUCUGAACAGCGGAAGAAGCAAAAAGCAGCCUUGAAGAAAACUUUCACAAAGUUCCUCGGACGCAAGGCGCGGUUCGUGAAAUCUUGCCAAAAGCUUGAGCAGUCCGGACAAGAAGGAGAGCCUAAGGGAGAUGGCUUCUCCAAUCUCUACAAAGUGAAGUUCAAGAAAAUUCUCUUCAGAUCCAAGAGGAACACGGCGCGGAGUGCGACGGUCAGUGGAAGGGAUCGCGGACGUUCGAGAAGCAGGCUUUUCGUCGCCGACCCACGCUCCAAAACCACCUCUGACUUAGAGAAGCUGAGGAGGUCGUUGAAAAAAACAGAAAAGAGACAGCAGAAAAGAUUUCUCCGGGCAGAAAAGAGACGCAACAAGAAAGAAGAAACCAAGAAAAUGCAACAGUUGCAGGAGACAGAGAGCGGGCGAAAUGACGAAGAGGUUGGAGUUGCCCAGUUUCAGGACCACGGGAAGCAACGCAAAAGUUCCGAGAAUGUCGAAGAGACUGCUCCCGUUGCUGACGCGAUGAAGUCUGCUGUAAAAAGUGAGGACAGAAAAAAAAACACGUCGUCGAAGAUAAGAAACAAACGCACCCGCUUCGGCAAAAAUAAAAAAAAGAACAUCAAGAAGAAAAAACAGUUCCAUCGGGCUGCCGGAGGACAAGCAUCUUCUUCGAGAUCCGUUGGUGCGCACUUAAGGCAUACACUCUUCCUCCGGGAUCUUGUCAUCACGCGCACUGGAGAGGAAGACGAAGAUGCAGUUGCAGCUGCUCCGCGUGAAUCCUUAUCCGCCGAGGACAUUUUUAAGCCGAUCGUGACCUCCAGUACAAGUACCAAGGAAGAGAAGCUGCAGGCGCACAUCUCGAAGCAGUUCAAGAGGAUAAAGGAGAUCGGCGUGCCCAACUUCUUCCCGGCGAAUCGAUUUGCGCCUCAGGUGGGCGAGAUUCGGGACUAUGAGAUGGGGGCGAUGUUUCUCAACCAGGACUGGAAAAAACUGUUGCUCUGUUUGUGCGAAGUCGUCGGCCGCACGGAGAAGGAGUUUCGGUUGGAACGUGCCCUGAAAGCCGAUGAAGUGAUGGAGGCCGCCAGACAAUUGCACGCUAUGAAAGUAGAGAAGGACGAGAGUAAGAAAGACGGCGACCGCCCGGGAGAUCUUCACGUCAAAAGCGUUAAAAAAGACAACGUAGACGAGGCCAAAAGUAGUUCGUCUGCAAACGACAUCGACCUAGGCUUUCUGAGCUCUUGGAUGGACCGUUCAACGAGAAAGCGGUUGGCUUGCGGGUUGCAGAAAUUGUUGGCGAUGCACACGAAGGAGCAGGGUGAAGCUAGUAAGAAGAUUCCCGUCAAGAAAAAAAUCGCGCGGGAAAUUGCUGCGAAAAAGGAGAAACUGGAGUUGAAGAUGAGAGAAGAACUGCAGACGCUCUUGCUGCAGCAGGACAAGGUGUUUUUGGAGGAUCGUUUGAAGCACCUGAAAGUGAAAGCGCGGAAAGGUGGACUGCGUAAAAAGAAAAAGAGGGUGGUUGUUGUACGAACGGCAGAAGAGCCAGCAGAUCCGCGUCGUCGCCGGGGAGGGCAGCGUGGAGGAAGUAGAAAGGCAAAAAUCGCCGAGCCGCUGGUGCCCAUGUCGCCCAUUAUCGAGGAGGAAGGCGUCGAGGACACAACGGGACCGGCCGUCGUGGAAGCAAAUGGUCACAAAGGUAGUGACAAAGCCCCAGCAGCGGACGUGGUGCAAGAUACAUCAAAGGAAGAACCUGCUGCGGAUUAUACCGAUGUUGUUCAAGAAGAAACGCAUUGCGGCAUUGCGCAAGAUCAAGAUGCUGAAACAGGGUCGCGGUCUUCGCCAGAACGCACAAAUGCAGGUAAGGACAUUCCAGGCGAUGUCGAACAAGUCGAAAGUGUUCUUGCUCCGGAGCAAGAACAGGAAAAGGCGGUCGUUUCUCAGGAAGACCAACUCGGCGAGAUAGCGCAAGCUGAUGAGCAAAAAGAUGAAGUGGCAGCGCAAGAAUGUGUUGUCGAAACGCCUAGUGCGGAAGAGACCGCGACCGCGUGCAUCCAGGAAGAUGGACCCGGAGUUCCUGUAGUUGACGAGGUCCACUGCGGAGGAAGCGCGGAGGCGAUGCAGGGGGAGCAACCAGCACCGGAGGAGGAGGAGACGAGUGAUGUGCAAGCUGAUGUAGAUGAACCGAAAGACGCGGCAGAGGUCGAGGAUUCGGAAAAUGUAGAUGAAGAUGAUCACAAAGUGCAGGGCGAAGCAGGCUUGGCUUUCGACCUGCACGAUGGCACCCGACGAAGCGACGGAAAAGAUCAAGAUUUACAAAAUCAAGUCGCAGCUCUUGAGACUCCGGCUGUGGACGAGGACGAAGCCCCGCGCGCAGCAGGGGACGAGCGUCAGGACGAGCGUCAAGACGGUGCACAUUGUAGGAAAGUGUCUGAAGACGAACUCGGACCAGUUUCUGCCGCAGCAGGGGAACUACCUGGCAGCGAGGCAAACAAGUGCGCCGAAAAUCAUGAUCAAAACGGAGACGUUUCCGCAUCCGCUGAUGAGAAAAAUGCGGUGCAAGUCACAGAUGUUCAAUUGCAAUUGCCGGGAGAGGACUACGAAGUCGAGGAACAAUGUGCAGCUCGAGCAACUGUAG